CACCUUUGUUUUUUAACCCGCACUUUCCAUCGCUCUUCCACACCGCCGGCCGCCGCCGUCCCCGGCGCCUUGCUCAUCUCCGGCCGCCUCUUCCUCCGUUAAUCAUCUCUCUUUUCCAUUCUCACUCUCAAUCCAAACCUCCAUCUAUCUCCAUCUCUUGAUCUCCCCUCUCUCCGCCCAGCCCCCCUUUUUCAGCAUUUGGUUCUAUUUGGCGGAGAAACCAAAGUUCAUUCUUUUCAAUCAUCAGUAUAAAGUCCCAAUUCUAAUUUGAAAUCUAGUUCAAUUUGUGUUUUUCGUUCGGAAUUCCAUGAAAAAUCAAAUCUUGAUUUGAUUCCACUCUUGUUUUAGUUUCUAAUCCUUAAAGAAUGAUAUUGUUGAAUACUUUGUUCACGCUUCCAACUCCAUUGCAUACACGUAAAGCAAAUCCAACCAAAGCUAUCUCAGCAAGCCAUCAAGCUCUCAGGAGAUGUGUAUGCUAUGACCUCCACAAGCAACUUAUUCCCUAUCAAGAAGCUUGGUCAUGGCAAAAGUCUAUUGUGAGAACAAGACACAGUUUAUUGGGUCAAGAUGAAGAUCACUCUGAUGUGGUGGUUGUUCUCCAACACCCACCUGUUUUUACAUUGGGUACGGGUAGUUCAGAGGAGUAUUUAAAUUUUGAUGUGAAAAAUCCUCCAUACGCAAUUCACCGGACUGAACGUGGCGGUGAAGUUACUUAUCAUGGUCCUGGACAACUUGUUAUGUAUCCCAUUGUCAAUCUAAGGUAUCAUAAAAUGGAUCUAAAUUGGUACCUUCGGUCACUUGAAGAAGUAAUCAUACGAGUCCUUUCAUCGACUUUCUCCAUCAAGGCAUCAAGGAUUGAAGGUUUAACUGGAGUUUGGGUUGGAAAUCAGAAGAUUGCUGCAAUAGGAAUUCGAGCUUCUCGAUGGAUAACUUAUCACGGGCUAGCGCUUAAUGUUACUACAAACUUAACACCUUUCCAGCACAUAGUCCCUUGCGGCAUUCGGGACCGUCAAGUCGGAAGUCUCAGAGGAUUGUUGGAAGAAAAUUCGGCUUCGGCUACAGAAGAUGCAAUCUUGCUAGACAUUACUUACAGUUCUCUGUUGAAGGAAUUCUCUGAAGUUUUCCAGCUUUCUCUCCAACAAGCUUCAAUCUCCAAGUUCGAUUUUUCUGCGUCGUCUCUGAGUUUGGUUGUAUGAAUUCAAUCUCAACAACAAAAAUAGAAAAUUGUCCAUUUUUCAUAUUUAUAUAGUUCAAAGCUUGUCCAUUGAAACAAUGAUGUCAGAUUUUAGCCCAAUUUAUGUUUGGUUUUUGGGAUAUAUAUAUAUAUAUUCUUUUGGGAGUUUGCAUGUA